GGCAGCAUGGCGGCGGGGGCGGCUGAGGCGGCCGCGGCGGUGGUGGAGGUCUGCUCGGCCGGGCACUUCGAGGAGCUGCUGCGCCUCAAAGCCAAGUCCCUCCUUGUGGUCCAUUUCUGGGCACCAUGGGCUCCACAGUGUGUGCAGAUGAACGAUGUCAUGACAGAGCUAGCUAAGGAACACCCUUCCGUCUCAUUUGUGAAGCUGGAAGCUGAAGCUGUUCCUGAAAUAUCUGAAAAAUAUGAAAUUAGUUCUGUUCCCACCUUUCUGUUUUUCAAGAAUUCUCAGAAAAUCGACCAAUUAGAUGGUGCCCAUGCCCCAGAGUUGACAAAAAAAGUUCAGCGCCACGCUUGUAGCAGCUCCUUCCCUCCCAGUGCUAAUGAGCAUCUCAAAGAAGACCUCAACCUUCGCCUGAAGAAGCUGACUCAUGCUGCCCCCUGCAUGUUGUUUAUGAAGGGCACACCUCAAGAACCUCGCUGCGGUUUCAGUAAGCAGAUGGUGGAAAUUCUUCACAAACAUAAUAUUCAGUUUAGCAGUUUUGACAUCUUCUCAGAUGAAGAAGUUCGACAGGGCCUCAAAACAUACUCCAAUUGGCCCACAUAUCCCCAGCUCUACGUUUCUGGAGAACUCAUAGGAGGACUUGACAUAGUCAAGGAGCUAGAGGCAUCUGAAGAAUUAGAUACAAUUUGUCCCAAAGCUCCCAAACUAGAGGAAAGGCUCAAAGUACUGACAAAUACUGCUUCUGUGAUGCUCUUUAUGAAAGGAAGCAAGCAGGAAGCAAAAUGUGGAUUCAGCAAACAAAUUCUGGAAAUACUGAAUAGUACCGGUGUUGACUAUGAAACAUUCGACAUACUAGAGGAUGAGGAAGUGCGGCAAGGGUUGAAGAAGUAUUCGAACUGGCCAACCUAUCCUCAGCUAUAUGUGAAGGGCGAGCUUGUUGGAGGACUGGAUAUUGUGAAGGAACUAAAAGAAAAUGGUGAAUUGUUGCCUAUACUGAGAGGAGAAAAUUAAUAAAUGUUCAACGUGGUGCCCCAACUAUUUCAAGAAAUAUUUAAUGACCGUGGAGCAGUUCAUGAUGGUCCUCAGAAGUGGACUAGGAAUAGAAAAGAUGCUGCUUAUUCAGUCAUGCUUUGUGUAUUUCACAAGGUUGUGCUAAAUAAAUGUAUGUUACAUUUUUUUCCACCAAAAACUAGAAUGCAAUAAAUAUCUUCAAAUUCAUGUAAAA